AUGUCACGAACGCAAAUACAAACAACGCCGCCAGCAUCGAGCAUCGAGCUCCUCAGCAUACCGACAUCAUCCAAGCCCUCCGUCCCAUCACCUGCCCUUCUCAAGCAGCCUGUCGUCCCCGACCAACCUCCUUUGCCCAUCCCACAUGGCGAUGACCACGGCUCGUUCACCCCGCAGCCUCUCAAGCGAGGCGCCUCCGGCGCUAUCUUCUUCAGCAUCAUCGGUGUUACGGCAAUAAGCUCUAUGCUGGCCGGCCUAGUCACCAUUGCCCUUCCACACAUGCAUCAAUGCCCUCACGUGCGGCUGCAGCCUGAUCCUCUCUGGGGCGAUCGCGACGUGGUGGGACCCCGCUUCAUGUAUAUCCUCGGCACAGCGUUGCAGAGCGUGUUCACCCUCGCGUGUGGACUGGCGAAGACAUCUGCGCAGAUCAUCGUGUUUAGAGGGCUUGCGGGAGUAGCUAUUGCGUUUUGUCUGCCCAGCGCGGUCAGCCUAAUAAGUGGCUACUUUCCUCAAGGAAGGCGCAGGAACAUGGCAUUCGCGGCGAUGGGAGGUGGUCAGCCCGUGGGGUUUGCGAUCGGUUUGGUGGUUGGAGGUGUGUUGGCGGAUAGUGUCGUGACGUGGAGAGGAGGGUUCUAUGUGGCAGCGGGCAUCAAUACCGUGGUGUUGGUAGUAACGUUCUGGGGGCUGCCGAGGCUCGAGGAGGAUGGGACUGACAGUCACACGAUAUGGAAGAGGUUGAGGAGCGAGAUUGAUUGGACUGGGGCUUUACUGUUAAGUUCUGGACUGGCUAUGUUGAGCUACGUGUUUGCGGCGCUGACAGGGUCGGUGAGGACCAUUGAGCAGCCCGUUACGAUUGCGUUAUUGUUGUUGGCGGUUGUGCUGAUCGUUGGCUUUGUGGGAUGGGUGCAGCGGCAGGAGAAGCUGGGACGGCCAGCCAUCAUUCCGAACUCGAUCUGGCGGAAUCGGAUCUUUACGUCGGUUUGCGUGGACGUCUUCUUGCUGUGGGGAGCGUUCAAUGCCAUGGAGGCGCUUUUGACGUUCUUCUUUCAAGACGUGCAGCUCUUGUCAGCGACCGCGACAAGCCUGCGCUUUCUGCCCGUGGCGGUUAUGGGCAUUUUGUUGAACCUUGUUGUGGGCUCAUUGAUACAUCGCGUGCGGGCAGAUUGGGCUAUAACGUUUAGCUGCCUCAUCAGCUGCAUCUCGCCUAUCUUGACGGCGACGAUGAAGCCUACGUCGUCAUACUGGGAGUUUGUAUUUCCCGCCAUCACGCUGAGCGCCAUUGGUGUCGACGUGCUAUUCACAGCUUCCCAAUUGGUGAUUACCAGUGCUUUUCCGGACAGGACUCAGGCUUUGGCUGGCGGUGUGUUCAAUACGGUCGCUCAAGUGGGCAAAAGCGUCGGGCUAGCAAUCAGCGCUGUCAUUGCCAACAGCAUAUCUGAGUCGGUUGAACACAGCGGUAAGCCGCACACGCUGGUCCUUCUGGAUGGGUACAGAGGGGCGUGGUGGUUCUGUCUAGCCUCGUGCGCUGCAGUCGUGGUUGUGUCGAUUUUCGGGCUCAGGAACAUUGGCAAAUUAGGCGUCAAACGCGACUGA